CUCUCUCUCUCCUACAGUAUAUAUACAGCCUCCAGGGAGUACGCAGAGAAGCUCCGCACCUGUGCAAGCAAGGCAAGGCAAGGCAAGGAGAAGACUUUGUUCAUUUUUCUGGAACGUCACACCUGGUUUGCAGAUUCCCUCUGCUGGCUGUCAGAAGAACUCCUGGAGAUACCCACGAUGCCCUUCAGUAGAACCCAGUCUGCCCCUCCCCUCACCCUCGAGGACCCCGCCUCCUGCAAGGCCAGCCAAUCACAAGGCUCUGCUCGGGGUUCCUCCCUGACCUGUGAUGACCCAGAGGCUCUGACCCCCCUAGAGGAGGACGCCUGGGCGAUGCCGCAGCUCCAACAAACAGGACCGUCCUGGGGAGAGCUGGACUGUGCUGGGAAGCUGCUCCGCGUCUUCAUGGGCAUCCUGAAGGGGGUGCUGCUCGUUGGGUUCCUCUACUUCUUCAUCUGCUCCCUGGACGUGCUCAGCUCUGCCUUCCAGCUGGUGGGAGGCAAGGUGGCAGGGGAUAUCUUCAGUGACAAUGCAGUGCUGUCGAACCCGAUGGCCGGGCUGGUGAUCGGAGUGUUGCUCACAGUCCUGGUGCAGAGCUCCAGCACCUCCUCCUCCAUCGUUGUCAGCAUGGUGUCCUCUGGGUUGUUGACUGUCAGUGCCUCCAUCCCCAUCAUCAUGGGCGUCAAUGUGGGCACCUCGGUCACGAGCACCCUGGUCUCGCUGGCACAUUCCGGAGAUCGCAACGAGUUCCGCAGAGCCUUUGGGGGUUCGGCCGUCCACGGGAUUUUCAACUGGCUGACCGUCAUCGUGGUCCUGCCAAUCGAACUCAUCAGCGGCUACCUGUUCCACCUGACCAAUGCCAUCAUCAGCAGCUUCCACAUCCAAUCAGGGAAGGAUGCGCCCGACAUCCUGAAGGUCCUGACUGAGCCCCUGACUCUUCUGAUCAUCCAGCUGGACAAGAGCGUCAUUUCGGGCAUCGUCACAGGAGACCCAGAGAGCAAGAACAAGAGCCUGAUACUCAACUGGUGCAAAGUCCAGGAGACAGUGGUUCUGAAGAACGUCUCAGUGACUAACUUGACUGAGUGUGAGAGCCACCUGUGCUUCACCACGGAGAACCAGACCCUGGUGCUGAAAAACGUCUCCGAGAAAAUCAAUCUGCAGCUCUGUGACCAUGUCUUUGUGAACACCUCCCUCUCUGACAUCGCGGUGGGCUUCAUCCUGCUCUUCGGCUCCCUGCUGGUCCUGUGCACCUGCCUGGUGCUCAUCGUCAAGCUGCUGAACUCCGUCCUGCAGGGGCAGAUCGCCCAGGUCAUCAAGAAGGUGCUGAACUCAGACCUGCCAUAUCCCUUCGGCUGGGUGAACGGCUACCUGGCCAUCCUGGUUGGCGCGGUGAUGACCUUCAUCGUCCAGAGCAGCUCCGUCUUCACCUCCGCCAUCACCCCACUCAUAGGAAUGGGAGUGAUCAGUCUGGAGCGAGCUUACCCGCUGUGCUUGGGUUCCAAUGUCGGGACCACGACCACUGCCGUGCUGGCGGCUCUCGCCAGCCCAGCCGAGUCGCUUGGGAGCGCAUUGCAGGUGGCUCUGAUCCACCUCUUCUUCAACCUGACGGGGAUCCUGCUGUGGUACGUGGUGCCUGUGCUGCGGCUGCCCAUCCCGAUAGCCAAGGUCUUCGGUGACAUCACGGCGAAGUACCGCUGGUUCGCGGGGCUCUACGUGCUCCUCAGCUUCAUCCUCCUGCCCCUCUCCGUGUUCGGGCUGUCUCUGGCGGGCUGGCCGGUGCUGCUCGGGGUGGGGGGUCCCAUCCUGCUCCUCAUUGUCUUCUCUAUAGUGGUGACCUUCUGCCAGCGCCGCUGCCCCCAGUGUCUGCCCCCCAUCCUCCGCACAUGGAACUUCCUACCCAGCUGGGCUCACUCCUUAGAACCCUGGGACCGCCUGCUCUCCUCCUGCUGUGGGUUCUGUUGCCGGUGCCGAUGCUGUCGCCAGGGGCAACCGAGCGCCAUAGAGACAGGCGCCAAGGAGCUGCAGGUGUAUGAUAACCCAACAGUCCUGCACUCCUUGGAGCUGUAAGAGAAACUCAACGGCUCCCCUAUUUAUGAUGGAAAAAUUAAAUACAUUAUUUUCUAUUGGAAUGUAUAAUUAGAUUUUGUAUUCCUAAAAAAUGUUUUUAGUUUCAUGUCAUUUUUGUAUUAUUAUUAUUUUUAUUAUUAUUAUUAUUAUUAUGAAAUGCCUGUGUUUUGCAAAAUGAAUAGCGACAGUAUCGUGCAUUAUGUAUUAUGUAUCCCAUGUAAGUAAAGGGGUGAUCUGAACCUACACCCUUUACAGAACUACACAUUUCUAAGGGUAAUCCCAGGAUAACCACGGCUAUUUUUUUUUGCACCGACCAUAAACUUUAUCUUGUUUAUUACCUCAGUUAAUGCUGUGUUACAAAUGCUGUGAAACUUUGUACUUGACUUUGUAAGUUCUGUGUGAAGCAACUGUGUUUUAUCUGAAAAAACGUUUUUAACAGAAAGCAGUUCACUUACCAUUGGAACUUACAAACAGGAUCUGUGAUAAGGGAGGUCCAGUCCAGAUGGAAUGAAAAGAGAGAAAGGAACUUCUAUUACCUGCUACUUCCUUUAAAAAGGAUAAAAACGACAGCAGCUCCUGACACACACACGCACACACGCACACUGACACACACACACAUGCACGCACGCACACUGACACACACACACAUGCACCCACGCACCCACACACACACACACACACACACACAUGCACGCACGCACACACACGCACACUGACACACACACGCACACUGACACACACACACAUGCACGCACGCACACUGACACACACACACAUGCACCCACGCACCCACACACACACACACACCCACACACACACACACACACACACACACGCACACUGACACACACACACAUGCACGCACGCACACUGACACACACACACAUGCACCCACGCACCCACACACACACACACACACACACACACACACACACACACACACACGCACGCACACACACGCACACUGACACACACACGCACACUGACACACACACACAUGCACCCACGCACCCACACACACAGUAAAGCAUUCUCACAAGCUGAAGAAAUUAGAUAAAUGCAUUACCUGCUACAUGUCUUACUAGAAGUUCAGUAUACAAAAUAAAAUCUGAAUUCGUAUCAUAAUUCUUGUUUAAGAGAACCUAUAUUUUAGUUGCGUUGCGCUACCUUCAGAUUUAGGACUGUACCACUCGAGAGGGCCAUGCCAUCAUGCGAUCAGAAACUCUGGAAGAAACCAUUUAAAAACCGAGGGGAGCUUUCCUACAAUUCCUGCUACUAGUUCAAGGGUCAUUUCCCCAUUGAGGAAGAGAUCAAACAAUGUCCCAUUGCUGAGACCUCAAACACGACCUCCAUCCCAGUCCCUCAGCUCCAACCACUGGGCCACACUACCUCCCUCCCAGUCCCUCAG